GCACUGCCAGCGCAGCAGAAACUAGUCUACUGUAGCUACAUGUAGCAGGCCGGCUGGGCAAGAUGGCUAGUGGUGGAGGAGUUGGUUUAGUGGACGUUAGCAUCAACUACCAAGGCAAUCGCACCGUGCUCCAUCUUGCCAAGAACAUUAAGGUGGGUCAUGCCAUUGAGAAAGCUGCUGAAGCCUUCAAGAUAGAGCCCGGAGGUCUGACAUUUCUCUAUCAUGGAAAUGAGAUCACUGAUGACAUGUUAGUCGGGGAUGCUCUCUGCAAGGCUGGCAAUGUGACAGUCAUUCACCUCAUCUUUGUCAAGGACAAGAAAUCCACCACAGCACGUUUCCAGGCAGCAGCCGAUGAUCAACCAAGACAGAAUGUGUACGCUCACUGCAAGAGCUGCAUGGGUCUCGUUCAAGCCAGAGAGGUCCUGACAUGCCCCAAGUGUAAAAAGACCAAGUUCCAGCGAACAUCGGCCCAACCAUUGGACCACUUUGCACACGAGUUGUCACCGGCCCUUCUCAUGGGACACUGUACCGAGUGUGGAGAGGAAGAUGUGCAGGCAUCGGUGGAGUUUGAGUGUGCCUCAUGUGUGGGAGCAACCCCAGACAAAGUGGGUCCAUUGAGACAAAUCAGAGACAAUGUCUUCCAACUGCCCUGCAUGAAGUGUGGACUCAAGAGGGAGAUGGUAUUCAGGAUGGCUUGUUCCUCACGUCAUACCUUUUGUACUGACUGCUUCAGUGGCUAUUGUCAGUUGAAGUUCAGUGCUGACAAGUUCCAAUUCUUUGACAACAUGGGCUACUCCAUCUCCUGUCCUGGUCCAGGUGCAGACUGCCAGUACACUCCAGUGCCAGACCCACACCACUUCAAACUAGUGGAUGAGGAUGAAGUUGGUUUCUACAAGAAGUUCAUCAACAAAUCUCCCGAAGUCAUUAAAGCGUCUGGCUACAACCUGCUGUGCACACGUUGCAUGAUAGAGAUAGAUGUGUCAGAGAGUAAAGAGCAGACUGUGACUGAGCCUGCCGGUGCUGUGCCUAGCUCCACUGGACUCAAGUGGUACCAGAAGCUGCUGGGUAUAAAGCCAUCAGCACCGCCUCCUCGAGUGCGUAAGAGGACCUCAUGCAGGCAGUGUGGACUGGGCUAUUGCAUUGGAUGCAAACAAGUGUGGCACGAGGGGGACUGUCUGCCACUCAACCAGACCCUCAAGGAAGAGGAAGGAGCAUUCCAAAUUGACCCUGUCAAAGCAAAGGACAGUUGCUGGCCACAAGAUCGCAACUAAACUUAUAAACUAGUUUUUAGCUUGUUUUGUAAUGUAUUCGAUAAUUUAGUGAGGACCCUUCUUUUUGUAUCAAACAACUGUCUGUGUCUUUUUUGCCCUCGAA